AUGGAUAAGUGUAUUUUUGUGGCUUUGUACAAUUUUCCACUUGGUGGUCAAGCAGCUAUAACUAUACAGGUCGGAGAGCAACUCAACAUCCUUUCUGAAGAUGGUGAUUGGUAUAAAGUGUCAUCUCUCUCCACUGGAAAAGAAUGUUAUAUGCCUAAAAGCAAUGUCACCAAAGUCUUCAAUAGGUGGCUCUAUAAAGGUAUAACCCGUGAGAAAGCAGAAGAAUUAUUGCUGAUGAGCUGCAACCACAAUGGUUCUUUCUUGAUCCGAGAAAGUGUGUCUAGAAAAGAAUGCUUUACUCUAUCUGUAAAACAAACCAACCGAGGCUCACAGGAUACCAUCAAGCAUUAUCUUAUCAAUCGUUUAGAGAAUGGGUGGCUCUAUAUCUCACCGCGUCUGACCUUUCCCACACUUAAAGAGAUGGUUGAUUAUUACACAGAAACAGCAGAUGGAAUUUGUUGUAUUUUGAAGGAACCGUGUAUUACACAAGGAGCUACUAAUACGUUAGGCCGCAAUUCCUCUGGACCAGUAAUGAUUAGAAAAAAAACACUUAACUGGAAUGAAUUGGAUAGCUCUGCUCUUUUCAGUAAAGACGGCAACUUCAGUGAUGACUGUCCUGUAAGCGUUGGACUGAGGGAAGCCGUCAGCUCUUACAUGUUAAUGACUGAGGACAUCAAUUCAGACAGCCCUUCCGAAAAAGAUUUUCUGUGGAAAACAUAAAAUAAAUGAAAAGGACAACAGAGAAUUGUAAAAUGCUCUUGGGAAAAAUAUUUAAUAACUGAAAACAAAAACGAUGAAUGUGCUAUAAAAUGAAGUUAAGCUGUUCAGUACCAGGCCAGCCAGAUAUUGCAGUGCAGUAGUUUCUGACUCGUGCUGUACAAAGACUUUCGGAUGCACAUAGAACUGUAUUUAUUGCAGCUGUGCUGCCUUGCUUGUUUCAGUGUGUAUAUAUUUGUACAAUAUUUAAUAUAUAUAUAAACAUAUAUAUAUUGUGUCUGUUCUUUUGACAUUUGGUAUUUUUUGGUUAAAAACUGUUCAAUCGGCAACUUUU